UUCAGCCAAUCGGGAGUCUUGAUGGACCGCCAGUAACAAUGGUGGGCAUGAGCCUUCUCCGGUCUGCUGCUGCCUUUGCAGCCAGACUAGGUCCUUUAAGGUCUGGAAAUACUGCAAAGAAUUUAUUGACCAGAACAAUCCCACGCACAGAAAAAGUGCCAGUUCGUUUGGGCCAUGGAAAGAAUUUAUUCAUCGUCAGACCCACCGACUUCUAUGACAGGAGGUUUCUGCAUUUAUUGCGAUUUUACGUUUUGUUGACCGGCAUCCCAGUUGCUAUCUUGGUCACGUGUGUGAACGUGUUUAUUGGUGAGGCCGAGCUGGUUGAAACACCUGAGGGUUACGAACCUGAAUACUGGGAGUACUACAAGCAUCCCAUCACUAGGUGGAUUGCAAAGAACCUCUAUGACUCCCCAGUCAAAGAUUACGAGAAGAUGAUGGCUGCAGUCAGGAUCGAGCAGGAGAAGGCAGAAAUGAGGCUAAACCAGUUGGAGGUGCGUCGACUAAUGAGGCAGAGGGGAGACGGCCCUUGGUACCAUGUGCCGACCCUGGACAAGAAUCUCAUCGACAACAGCCACAAGUCAACACCCGACGACUAAACCAAACAGCCCUGCUGUCAAUGAAUACAUCAUGGGUUUUGAAUUUAACUGUUUGUACAUUUUCCUUCCCUUCUGGCGUAAAUAAAGUAUGUAUGUAGCCUA